AUGGACCACGAGCUCAUCGUCAACCCCCGGUACAAUUUCAAUAGCUGGCUGCAGAACACCGCGCUAUGCUUGUAUCAAGCCCGCAAGCUUUGUGUUGCUGGUGAUGCUGAAUGGACAGUCAGCAGCUGGAAGAUGAACCAACUGAACAGGACACUGUCGUUCCAGGGGAAGGUCUAUGUGGUGAAUUGGGAAGAUGGGCUAACACAUGCCACUACAUCGUCGGGAAGGGAGUCAACUGUGGUGUGCAGUGGCCACGAUGUCAUGGAGGUGGAGGUGACCUUGUGCUUCUUGUUCUUCAUCAUCUUUGAAGUUGGAGGCAAGGGAUGGAGAAGAGCUCAGGAUGCUAGAUCUGUAACUUAUGGUCCCAUGGCAGACAGGGACCAACAAAGGAUGAAUAACCUAAACUACAUUUACAACUCAGAUGAUGUGCACUGUGUGAACCUCCUUAGGAUGAGAAAGGCACCCUUCUUCCAUCUUUGUGACCUUUUUCGCAGUAGAGACCUCUUGUCUGAUAGCAUCCAUGCUAGUGUGGAAGAGCAGGUUGCUAUGUUCUUGCAUGUUGUGGGUCACAACCAGAGAUUUAGGGUGGUAGACCUUACAUUCAGGAGGUCUGGUGAAACUAUCAGUAGGUACUUUCAGAGAGUGCUUUAUGCAGUAGGGGAGUUGAGGAGUGAAAUGAUUGUCCCUGCUUCCACCAAUGUCCAUUCAAAGAUCCUUGGUAGCAGAAGGUGGUACCCUUAUUUCAAGGACUGCAUAGGAGCACUUGAUGGAACUCAUGUCUUAGCUAGGGUGCCAAAAAGGAUGCAGCCUGCCUUUAGGGGGAGGAAGGGACUUACACAAAAUGUCCUAGCAGCUGUCAGCUUUGAUUUGAGGUUUACAUAUGUCCUAGCUGGGUGGGAAGGCUCUGCACAUGAUGCCCUCAUACUAGCUGAUGCUCUUGUAAGACCAGAUGGUCUUAGGGUGCCUCCAGGGAAAUUCUUGCUUGUGGAUGCUGGUUAUGCAGUAAGACCUGGGUUUUUGCCCCCAUUUCGAGGUACUAGGUAUCAUCUCAGGGAAUAUGGCAACAAUAGACCUCAGAACCCAAGGGAGCUCUUUAAUCUUAGGCAUUCAUCCCUAAGAGUCACCAUUGAAAGAGCCUUUGCUGCUUUGAAGAAUAGAUUCAGAAUAUUGGACAACAAACCUUUUCACACUUACAGAACACAGGUUAAACUUGUUCUGGCUUGUUGUAUCCUUCACAAUUGGAUUCUGGGAUACGGUGAUGAUGAGCAUGUGCCUGAUGAAGCCACCUAA